AUGAGUGCUCAAUCCAAGCCGGCGAAUCUAUCACCAUGGGGCAAAGCUGUCGCUGGCGCCACCGGUGCCGUAUUGGCCAAUACGUUGGUGUAUCCUCUUGACAUCGUCAAGACGCGCCUGCAGGUCCAAGUCAAGUCGCAAUCAACCACAACCAAGUCCGAGUCGAACGAGCCCACUGAGCCGCAUUACUCUUCUACUUGGGACGCUCUCAGCAAGAUCGUUACGGAUGACGGUGUUAAGGGCCUUUACUCGGGUAUGGCUGGCUCCCUUCUCGGUGUCGCUUCGACAAACUUUGCCUACUUUUACUGGUAUUCUGUUGUCCGCACACUCUACCUGCGCUCUGCCAAGACAUCUGCACCACCUUCAACGUUGGUUGAGCUGAGUCUCGGCGCGGUCGCUGGCGCUGUCGCUCAGCUUUGCACAAUACCUGUUGCUGUUAUUACCACUCGCCAGCAGACCCAGCGCAAGACCGAACGCAAGGGCUUUGUCGAUACGGCUCGGGAAGUCGUAGAGGGAGAAGAUGGCGUAUUUGGACUGUGGAGGGGGUUGAAGGCGAGUUUGGUACUGGUCGUCAACCCUGCUAUUACGUACGGUGCCUACGAGAGACUCAAGGAAUCCUUCUUCCCGGGCAAAACCAACUUGAAACCAUGGGAAGCCUUCCUCUUGGGAGCCGCGUCGAAAGCGCUGGCCACCAUCACCACGCAACCUUUGAUUGUUGCCAAAGUUGGUCUGCAGUCAAGGCCCCCUCCCGAGAGAAACGGCAAGCCUUUCGGUAGUUUUGUGGAGGUGAUGAAGUUCAUUGUCGAGCGCGAAGGUGUCCUGGGUCUUUUCAAGGGCAUUGGCCCUCAAAUCCUCAAGGGCUUCCUCGUGCAAGGCAUCCUCAUGAUGACCAAGGAGCGCAUGGAACUUUUAUUUGUUCUUUUCUUCCGUUAUCUCAAGAACCUGCGAGCCAAGCAGCUGCAGAAAAUUGCGCAGACUGCUGGAGCGGCUGAGUCCAAGAACUCCUCGCAGCACAACCAGUCGCGCAAGGCGCACCGCAACGGCAUCAAGAAGCCCAAGACCUCGAGAUACCCGUCGCUGAAGGGCACCGAUCCCAAGUUCCGCCGCAACCAUCGUCAUGCUCUGCACGGCACCAUGAAGGCCCUCAAGGAGCUUAAGGAGGGCAAGCGCGAGACGGCAUAA